UGUGCAAGUUUAGUGAACAGCUGUAGUAAGUGUUUAUUUUUCGUUCGCUCGAUGCUUUCACCUGUUUGUUGGGCGCAUUGGUAAUAAAAUUAUUCGAAUGAAAUCAAUUCUGUAUUAAUUAGGAGGGAGCACAAGUAUAUUAAACAAAUUGCAAAAAAAUCUGUGACACAAAGACAACGUCGUUACUGAUAAGGGCCGAAAUCGGCUAAACUUUGGAAUUGGUGCUCAUUCGCUUUUUGGCCACUUUCGAGCGCAGAAAUGGACACGGACGACAACUCAAGUGGCACUAUUACCGGCAGUGAUCUUGGCCAGCGUUAUCGGCAUGCAGGCGACUUAACUGGCGAAGCCCCAACCAGACCCUUCGCCGAGAUCAGCAUUACGGUUCCAUGGGGGCACAUAUCCGGCAAGUGGUACGGUCCGCAGAACGUCCAACCAAUUUUAGGACUGCACGGGUGGCAGGAUAAUGCGGGAACCUUUGAUCGCCUGAUGCCGCUGCUGUCGCCGGACGUGGCAUUCCUCGCGAUCGAUCUUCCUGGUCACGGGCUAUCGUCCCGACUGCCUGAUGGCUGCUACUACAACUCCGUGGAUAAUCUGUAUGUGAUCCGCCUGAUCAUGAAGCAGUACAAGUGGGAGAAAGUGUCCCUGGUUGGACACUCAAUGUCGUCCAUUAUUUGCUUUGUUUUCGCCGCGGUCUUUCCGGACAAGGUGGACAUGAUCAUUGGGAUUGAUGCCCUGAAACCUCAUCAGCGUCCGUAUCCGUCGGUUAUUAGGACCAUGGAAACCCGUUUGGACGAGUUCUUGCGUGAAGACGAAAGGAACCGGAGUAAGAACGAGCCGCCGAGCUACACCUACGAUGAACUUAUUGAGAGGGUCUAUAUCGGCACCUUCCAUUCGGUGAACAAGGAGCACUGCAAGCAUUUAAUGGCUCGCAACAUCGGCAAGUCGGAGAAGUACCCGGACAAGUACUUCUUCUGCCGCGAUAGGCGUCUCAAGUUUUACAACUAUGCCAUCGGGUCCCAGGAGCUGUGUGUGGAAAUGGCCAAUCGGAUUACAUGUCCUUACUUGUUCAUCAAGGCCGCCCAGUCCUCGUAUUUCGAGGACAAGAAGUACUACGACGAGGUGCUGGAUGUGCUGUUGAAGAAGCCGAACUUUGAGUACCUGGAGGUUAAUGGCUCGCACCAUGUGCACAUGAACGAUCCAGAGGCCAUCAUUGCACCGGUCAACAACUUUAUCCAGCGCUUCGGACCGGCGGCAGCGGCUGCAUCCCGCCAGAAGGCCAAGGAGGCGAAGGAGAGCAAGCUUUAGGCCAACGGUGUGGUAAAUAGAGCUUAUUUAUUGUAGUACAGAUUGUACAGGUUUUUAUACUUAAUUGUUUAUGCUAUGUGAUCGCGGCAGAGGACUCGGCUCUGCUAUAAAUACACAAUGUACAUAAGCCGAGGGGUUUUUCGACUGCGCUUAAUGGGGAAGUCGUGAAGGAUACCAAGAAACUGGUUAUGUACAAGCUUAACCCUUUUGUAUUGCGCCCAAAUUGUAUAUUUCAAAACUUUAUAAUUUAUUUCAGCUCGAGCAUCAAUAAUUUCGCUUUUUUGAAUUGAUAUAUAAAGAAGAGCUUACCAUUUUAUUAUCGUUUAAAUAUUUUUUCGUCUUACAAUAUUCAUUAUCUCUAAAGCACUUAUUUGAUAUUUAUAACAGAAACACCUUUAAAUAAUACAGAUCAAAUAUUAUUUUAUGCGUAUAUACAAAUGUUAUUGUAAUUAGUUUUUUAGCUUUUAAUACUUUUUAAUGCUAUUAAUAUGCAGCGUUUGUGUGUUCAUUAUAAAUGUUUCACUGUAAUUGGGCUUAUUUAUUGUAUGAAGUGCCCAUUUACAGAAGUAACUUGUCUUCCGAUCACCGGCAGAUGACCUACAUCUUCUUCACGAGUAGAAUCCAAGCAGCGAAAGUGUUAAUAACCCGCAAACCUGUUCCCGAAAUCCCAGCCGUCUGUUACAUCAUUCUCUAGACUCUUUCUUGGCAACAUGAUCGUUUUCAAUUGUCGGUGUCCACGCUGGAGGUCAGUCUCGGUUGGAUUUACAUGGAAAUGAUUGUUUACUGGAUAUAUAUUUUUUAAAAAUAACUGAGCUGAGGC